AAUCUAUCUGUUAGUAUGGAGGAUAAAGAGGAGGAGGAAGAGGAGGAGGAGGAGGAGGAGGAGGAAGAGGAGGAGGAGGUCUGGAUCAGAAGGCGGCUCCUCCCUCCAGCUGCUGCGGAGCCACUGAUCAGCAGGAAAACCGCGUCCUGGUCCGGAUUUCACUCAGAUCCAGUGCCUCCUUGCCGACCCUCCGUCAUGCUCUCCCCGGGACUCUGCGUGUCUCUGCUGGCCGUCUCCUGCGCGCUGUGGCCGGCUGCGGUCCGGGCGGCGUCCUGCGAGCCGGUUCGGAUCCCGCUGUGCCGGUCCAUGCCGUGGAACAUGACCAAGAUGCCGAACCACCUCCACCACAGCACGCAGGACAACGCGGUUCUGGCCAUCGAGCAGUUCGAGGGGCUGCUGGGCACUCACUGCAGUCCAGAUCUGCUCUUCUUCCUGUGUGCGAUGUACGCUCCCAUCUGCACCAUCGACUUCCAGCACGAACCCAUCAAACCUUGCAAGGCGGUCUGCGAACGGGCCAAGUACGGCUGCGAGCCGGUGAUGAAGCGCUACAACCACAGCUGGCCGGACAGCCUGGCCUGCAGCGAGCUGCCGCUGUACGACCGCGGAGUCUGCAUCUCGCCUGAGGCCAUCGUCAAGGCAGAAGGACCAGAUCCAUAUCACCAGGAUCCAUCCAGAUGUAACCCAGAAUCCAGUCCAGACUUCCCAAUGGACUCCAACAACUUCCACUGCAGAGGACCAAACGGAGAUCGCUGCAGGUGUAAGGCGGUCAGGAUGUGUAUGAAAACCUACGUGAAGAACAACUACAACUACGUGAUCAGGGCGAGGGUGAGGGAGGUGAGGAACCGAGGUCUGGAGCCCACAGCGGUGGUGGACGUCAAGGAGGUGCUCAAGUCUUCUCUGGUCAACAUCCCCAAAGAGACGCUGACGCUCUACUACUCGUCCUCCUGUCUGUGUCCUCCUCUGACUCCGGGGGACGAGUACCUCAUCAUGGGCUACGAGAACGAGGAGACGUCCAGGUUGCUCCUGAUUGACACCUCCAUCGCUCAGAAAUGGAAGGACAAAAUGGGCAGGAAGGUCAAGAGAUGGGAUCAGGUCCUGCAGGGAAAAAGCCGAGCACCUCUUCGCCGGAGUCGCCACUGAGAUCUGACUGUUAGUGUGCAUGGGUGUGAUUGUGUAUGUGCGUGUGUGUGUGUGUGUGGUUGUUUGUUUGUGUGUGUGUGUGUGUGUGUGUGUGUGUGUGUGUGUGUGUGUGUGUGUGUGUGUAGAUAUUGCACUAUCACAGGCUGUUGUAGCUGAAUGUAGUUCAUCUCUUCAUCUAUCAGACUGUUUGGGGUUUUUUUUGUCAUUUAUUUUCUUUGCACAGACAUUAUUUAGUGUGCGUUUAGUGUGUGUGUUUGUGUGUCUGAGUGUGUGUUUGUGUUUAUACACCAGAAGCACUCGGUUAAGACCAGAAAGGGGGCGGAGCUUUAAAGCUGUAGUACUAAACCUACGCACAGCCAUACAGCAUGUACGUGACACUUUUUUGUUUUUAUUUUUUAUUUUUUGGAAGAAAUUUCUCUGCAGUGGCGGCCAUGUUGGCUCCACAGAGGCUCCAGUUUCUAAUAACCCUGGAUAUCACCAUGGCAACGGGACAGAGGACAUUUAAAUGACAUAAAAGCCAUUUGGACUUGGACAUUUGGACAGAAAUUUACUGAACUCUGCAGAAAAUGAAAGAAGAUUAUUCACUCCUUGUUCAGACAGCAGCAGAGAGAAACGUCAACAACAACAACAACAGCUGGAGGAACAACAGCAACGUGGGAAAUCCAGCUGUGGAUGGAUUAGUGAACAGGCCUACAUGGACCAGACCCAGAGACCUUAGGUGUUGUUUGAGGAAACUCAAUCUUAUAACUGUAAAAAGAUGCAAAGUGACUAAAAAGACACACAAAACGUCUACAAAGACACUCAGCCUUUAAAUAAUUGGUACAAAAUUCUAAAAUUGACCAUGAGAAGACACAAAACGUCAGCAAAGACAACAAAUUACAAAGAAGAGAAACAAAAUGACUGCUAAGAAACACAAAGUGACUAAAAAGACAAACAGAAUGACAAAAAAUACUGCAAAGGGAUACAAUAUUACACCAAAGAGACACAGAUCAACUACAAAGAACAAUGAAACUACCACAAAGACACAAAAUGACUGCAGUGAGAAACAAGGUCACUAGAAAGACACAAAGCGAACACACUGCGACACAAAAUUGCGACAAAUAGAAACAAAGUGACUAAAAAGACGCAUAAAUGACUCCAAAGACACACAGAAUGACCAAAAAAAUACAAGUGAAACAACUGCAGAGACACCAGAGAACUACAAAAAGACAAAAUCACUACAAUGAGACACAAAACAACUACAGAGGGACACAUCAAGGCUACAAAGACUCACAAACUGAUUCCAAAGAGACGCAAAAUAACUACGCAGGGAUGCAAAUGACUACAAAAGAGCAGAAAAGACUGGCAGAAAAUUACGACACAGACAGAAAAUGGCUAUAGUGAGAAACAAGAUUACUACAAAUGCACAAAGUGAAGACAAAUAGACACAAACUUUCAACAAAGAAACACAAAGUGACUAAAAAGGCGCGUAAAAUGUCUACAAAGACACAAAAUAACAACAAAUAUGUAUAAAAUGACCACAAAGAGUCACCAGAUGACUACAAAAAGAAAAAGUUACUACAAAGACACAAAAUCACUACAAGGAGACACAAAGUAAGUAUGGAGGGACACAAAAUGACUACAAAAUGGCACAAAAACACUUCAGAGAUAGAAAAUGACUACAAAGACACAAAAAAUUACUACAAAGAGACACAAAAAACUACACAGGGAACAAAAUGACUACAAAUUGGCAUAAAAACACUUCAAAAAGACAGAAAAUGACUACAACGACACACAAAAUGACUACAAAGAGACACAAAAUGACUACAAAACAACUACAAAAUGGCACAAAAAGACUUCAAAGCAACACAAAAUGACUACAAAGGCACACAGAAUGGCAAGAAAUACUUGACUUUGACUACAAAAAGUCAAAGCUACUACAAAGACACAAAAUGACACCAAAGAGUUGCAACAUAACUACAAAGAGACUGAAAAGUACCACAACGAGUCACAGAAGUACCACAUAGUGACCUUGUAUUUCACAGUGUGGCUGUUUGGUUCAUCCAUGGAUCAUUUGUUGGACAGAGUGUGGCAUUAGAUUUGGUUGUGUUGCUCUCGGAGUUGGAUUUUAAGCUUUUUUUAAAAUAAGUUUUUCUUUUUACAUCCUGUUACAACAUUUAAAAACACAAAAUGCUUGUUUGUGAUGCAUUUCUUGGUACUGAAAAGGGCUGAAUGUCGGAAAAGUGUAAAUUACGUUACUAUUAAAUCUACACAACAGGUCACCGUUACAGGUUUUUUUUUUUUUUUUUUUUUACUACUGUGGCAUCGGCUUGUUCUCUGAGUAAAAUAUUAGAAAAUACUAUUUGUCCUGUUACCAUGAUGACCCACUGGAGGCUAGAAAAUCCCACAAUUUUUUACUAUUUAUAUUUGGAAGUGGAGCAAAAAUUGUUAAAGAGCAUCAGCCAGUAAACAAGGAGUCUCUGUAUGAAGUGACUGAUAAUAUUUUUUGUUUGAAAGUUACAAAGUUCAGCUACAAGGAUGCAAGGAUGACACAACUCUCAAAAAGAUGCAAAAAAAACCCAAAAAAUGGUGCAAAAAGGGACACAAAACAGCCAUAAAGUGGAGCAAAAUGAACACAACUGGUCACAAAAUGAAGCAAAAUGACCCCAAAUGAUGUAAAACAUCUGCAAAGACACACAAAACAGCCACAAAGUGAUGCAAAACAACCACAGCUAAACAAAAUUAAUGAACAGUUCAGCAUAAAGACCAGUGAAUGAAGCAAAAGAACCACAUUUGGAUACAAUAUGACCACAAAGUGAAGAAAUACAUCUGCAAAGACAGGAAUAGCAACAAAAACUGGGCACAAAAGUCAAGGAAAAACAACAUGAAGCAAGAUGAGCAACAGAAUGCGAAACUGCCAAAAAGAGACACAAAACUGUCACAAAGAGGUGCAAAAUAGCCACAAUUUGUCAAAAAAAAAAUGGAGCAAAAUGGCCCAAAAUGAUGUAAAACAUCUACAAAGAGACACAGAAUGGCAGCAAUUGAACAAAAUGACCAAACAGUUAAGCAUUAAGACCAAUAAAUGAAGCAAAAGGCCCAUAAUUAGAUACAUUUGACUGAUUUAAACUUUACCUUUUAUCUUACGGGACAAAAGGUCAAGGAGGCAAAGAAAACAUAAAAUACUUUGUUUCCUGAUGUCCAGGAACCACGAACAGCUGAAAUCCUGAUAAACUUUUACCUAUUUUUAGCCUAAACUUGCUGUUGAUGGAGGAUUCAACCCAGACAAGUCAGAACAAACAGCAGGAAACAAUAAUCAGACGUUAGAAAUGAAAGAAAAAAAACACCUUAAUAAAUAUUUUACUCACAUAUUUCUAACUUUCCUGACAGAUGAAGGUCAAACAAGAACAAAAUGUGUCAAAACUCCUUUGUGUUGGUUUUAUUGUUGUGCAAAAUGAUACGAGGGAAGCCUCAAGUUUGAUAUUUUCUGUAAUUUUAUAUUGUUUUUGUACAAAUUUUGGCACAGAUUAAACAAAAGAGGGCUAAUGUGUUAAAUUGGAGAGCUGAAUGAACAUCUCAUUCCACCACACUGAGGCCGGCUGGUCUUCACCUUAAAAUGACGUUUAAAAACUGAUUCUGCUGUCAGUAAUAUUGCAGAAAGUCACAUGUAAUGCAACAAAGUUACUUAGGAAGGUUCUUCACUGCAGACUUUUUGACAUUGUUUCUCCAGGAAACAGCUCUAAUCGAUCCAGGACAGUGUGACAUCGCUGUAAAAAGUGUCUGCAGUGAAGAUCAGAAGUCUGUUGUUAGAGACAUUCUGCUGUCUGAACCUCAUUAUCACACUAACUCCGUCCAUGUAAACACACGAACACGCAAUACUACACUACUCCUAUCUGCAAACUAUACUAACACUGCAAUAUUUUUCAACUCUGGAGUUUUGAACCAUUAAAAUAUGAUUUUAAACAACA